AUGUCACUGUCGAAGCUCUUCGGGAAGCAGGACGGUAGCCCGACGUUGAAAGACCGCAUAAAAAAUGGCGAGUUAGGCCGUUUUGCAGGACCAAUUACCCUCGGAGGUCAUAUUUCACAACACAAGGAUCGCCAUGCAGAUCUUUUCAAGGGCACACUUAAUACAUCCCUCUCCUCCUGGAAGGCCUCUCAACAGACGGUUAUCAUAAAAACAUACAAUGUAGACAACAACAAUACCUUAGAACGGGUCAUCAAAGUGUGUACUGGCUUGCUGGACUUUCGGAGAAACGGCGCUCAUCGUCGAUGCUCGCAGCGGAUUAAGCGUGAAGCAGAUCUAUGGAAAUCACUGAAACAUCCGAAUAUUGCAGAGUUCCUAGGGGUUUGCUAUCACAAGAGCUUUGAUGCAGCUGGUAUAGUCUCGCCGUGGUACUCGAAUGGGACACUAUCGGUGUUCCUCAAAAACAAUCCGGACAUUGAUAAGUUGGGAAUGGCGAGCGUCUAUGGGAUAGCAAGCGGCCUGGAUUACCUACACCGAUUGACCAUCGUCCACGGCGAUCUAAAUCCCGAACACAGUAUCAUGGUCCUUGACAACGGCCAGCCGGCUCUGGUCGAUUUUGGUCGCUCGAAGAAUUUGAGCAGAUCAGGUUAUACUACCAAAGCUUCAUCAACGUCCGACUUAUACAGAGCGCCGGAGCUUGUUGACGAGUAUGGCAUCGAGGGAUCAAACUCUCCGUAUACCACCCAACAAGAUGUCUACUCGUUUGGGAUGACAAUGCUUUUUGUGGGUGUGGUCUCCGUCCUCGGGUAUUCGAGUUGUGGUGCUGAUAAUUGA